AUGUCUAAUUGGAGUUCUGAUCAUGAAGUUGAUCAAAUAGUUGAGGGGAAAGUUGAUAGUAUAGUGGAAGGGAUUCAGUACAACUACACUCAAGAGGAAGAACCACCAGCUCCAAUAUUCCGACGAGUGCACAUAAAUAGAGACCGAGAAGAAGGCCACACUCGGCUAUGGAAUGAUUAUUUUGGUGAGAAUCCGACUUACACUCCCGCUAUGUUCCGUCGUCGCUUUAGAAUGAACAAACCAUUGUUCGAACGCAUAGUCAGUACGAUUGAGAAUGGAGUCUCGUACUUCAGACAAAGACGAGAUGCUACUGGAAGGCUCGCGGAAGACCUCCAAAAAUUACUGAAUAUUGGAGAACAACGCGGUUUCUCCGGAAUGAUGGGGAGCAUAGAUUGUAUGCAUUGGGAGUGGAAGAAUUGUCCAACUGCAUGGAAAGGACAAUAUUCAUGUGGAUCUGGAAAACCGACAAUCGUACUAGAGGCAGUGGCAUCCCAAGACUUAUGGAUUUGGCACGCAUUUUUCGGACCACCGUGUACGUUAAAUGAUAUCAAUGUUUUGGAGCGCUCACUGGUGUUUGAUGAUAUCUUGGAGGGUCGAGCUCCAAGAGUUUCAUACGUUGUCAAUGGACAUCAAUACGAAAUGGCGUACUACCUCACUAACGGUAUUUAUCCUNAAUGA